UUAAAAUAGAAUUAUUAUUUUUUAAAAUGCCACCAACAAAAUCCUCAACAGAAAAUAUUUCUCAAGAAAAUACCAAAGAAGAACAAGAAAAUGAAUUAAAAGAAAAUAAUAAUAAUACUAACAACAAAUCAUCAUCAUUAGAUGCCUUAUAUGCAGCAGCUAGGGAGGAAUUUGAUUUAGAUUUAAGUCCAACAGAAUCGGCAAUUAAAACAUUAAAAGAAGGGAGGGAAAUACAAAAAUUAAAUGUUGUUAGAAAUUUGGGGGAAUUAUUUGAAAAUGAACCGAAAGAAACGAUUGAAAAAAUUAUACCUUUAAUUCAGGAAAUAUUAAAUAUUGAACCAAGUAAUUUGGAUAUGCAUUGUGAAGCAGCAAUUGUUUAUAAAAAUUGUAUUAAAGAUAGAAAACUUAGAAUUAAAUGCCCUGAAUUACCCGAAAUAUUAUUAAAUGCUACACUUGAAAAUAUUGAAAUUCAAAAAGAAAAUGUUACGGCCGCUGCUUGGCUUGAAUCGUUAGUAGAUAUAUCUGAAGCUGUAUCUCAACGUUCUGUUAUUUCUGUUAUUGUUCCUUUGGCUAUUUCUCAAUCAGAUUCUUCUAGGAGAGUUCAGAGACGAAUUAUCUCAACAAGACUUAUUGAGAAACUGGCGGCUUUAGUGCCUAAAGAAAUAGAACUUUGUCCAUGUGUCCAAAUGCUUUGUCGAGAUCCAAGUACUUCAGUACGCACAUCUAUUGCACAGCGGCUUGUUUUUAUUGCUCAAGCAUUAAAUAAUUCUGCAGACAGCAGUUCAUUAUUAUUACCUUGUAUAAUUGAACUUUGUAAAGAUGAGGACCCAGCUGUUCGUGAAGCAACUUUAGGCACAUUAGAUGAUUGUUUACCCCAUUUUAGUAAAGAAUCAAAAAAGUCAAUAUUAUCCCCUCUUUUACAUAAAUGUGCAGAACAAGCAUUAAUUAUGAGAGAUUCAAGUUUACCUUUAAUUGCUAAACAUUUGGGUGUUUGGUUACAAUCUAUGAAGGAAAUAAUUUCUGGACCAUCAGAAAUGCGUUGGUGGUUGGAUGUUUAUACUAGAAUUUUGGAUUUUGGAAAUAAUUUUAAUAAUAAUAAUCAGCAACAACAAAAUUCAAAAAACAAAUCUUUAUCAACAAAUAAUGCAAAUACAUUUUCUACAAAUGGUUGUAUUCACAAUAAUGCAGGUUCUGCUGCAAGUUAUGAACAUUUACGUACUUGUUGUAGAAGAAUGUGUGCUUAUAAUUUUCCCUGUAUUGUCUCAGUAUUUGGGCAAGACCAACAAUUAUUUUGUCAGAAAUUAUUGCCUAUUUUGGAAAGAUUUUGUAGAGAUCCUGAUGAAGAAGUGCGGAGUACUGUUGCUUCUGGAUUUCAUGAAGUUUUGGCUCAGAGAAAUUGUUUUUUUGAAGGAGCCUCAACAGCAAAUUUAAAAUCCAAACAAAACGAACAACAACCACAACUUUUAAAUUCAUUUGUUGAAUUAUUAUCUAGUAGUAAUGGAAGUAGUGAAGUUGUUCAACAUUUAACUGGAAAUUUAGAGAAAAUUUUACCUUUUUUAUUUAAAGAAAUAAAUUCUAAUGAAAAUAAGAAAAAUACAGAAAAACUUCAAACAAAAUUAAACCAAUUAAUUAUUAACUGUAAUUCAUUAUUGAGAGGUACUGGGUUUUGGAGAGCUCAUGAAUCUUAUUUAAAUUCUAUUGCAUCACUUAAAAAUCUUUUAAGUAUUCGAGAAAUUAAACAAAAUUUUGUGCCUUUAUUAAAACAAGAAGUACUUAAUGCGAAAGCCCUUCCAUGUCGAGUAGCAGCUGCAAAUUCUCUGUUACUUUUAAUGCGUCAAUUGCCCGUAUCUUCUGAUCGUCUUGAUAUUGUUAAAUUCUUUACUGAAGGGCUUGGACAACAUUUGAGUUGUUAUAGAAGAAGAAUUUUAUUGGAUAUUGUGCCUACUUUAUUACAUAAUUUUAGUAGAGAAUUUUUUGUUGAACAAUUUUUGCCUGCAAUUUUAAAGCUCAGUUUGGAUCCAAUAUCUAAUAUCAGACUUCAACUUUGUCGAACACUUUCAACUAUUCGACGAUAUUUAGUUUUCCCUAAAGAUGAUGAAUGCCUUUCUAGCCUGGAAAGAACUGUUCGGGAUUUGUUAGCUUCUGAACAAAAUCCUUUAUCUCGCCAAUUAAUCCAACAAUUUGCUUGUGAACUUUCAAGAACUGAAAGUGACAAAAAAGAAUGUAGAGCAAAUAGAACAAAAUUGGCGGAAGAAAAGAAAUUAUGGACAGAAGUGGAAGAGAAGGAAGAAAAAGAAGAAGAAAAGAAAGUGGAAGUAAAGGAAGAAAUAAAAAUAAAGGAAAUUAAUAAAGUAAAGGAAGAAGAAAAAAUAAAAGAAAUAAUUCCCAAAAAAGUGUUAAUUAAAAAGAAAAAACAAAGAGAAAGGGAAACAGGAUCUCCGGAAAGUGGAAUUUUUAUUGAUGAAGAAGAAGAAAAUAAACAAAAAAAUAAGGAAGAAGGAAAUGGACUUUUAAGGUCGGCAACAACAACAAAUGUUCCUGUACAUGUUUUGGAUGUAAAAUAAUUUAAAUAAAUUUUUAGUCCAUUAAAAUUGCGGUUCAACCCCCGUUCCCCAGGGAGGUAAUUCCCCGGGAAACAGGGAAUUUUUUUUCCACGCGGUUCGAAUUCCCCGAAACCCCCGUUCCCCGUAAAAUAUUUCCCCGCCCCGUAAA